UGCUGCGAGUCAGAGCCGUGAGCCACGAUUCUCCACUAACGGAGACAGAACCGAGUGAACGAGAAGAACCGGACCGUCCGCGCUCUCAGCGGCUCCUCCGCCCCCCCCCGCCCCGCGCGCACUGCGUCUCCAGCGGCAUGAGGCUCGAGUUUGCACCGCUCAAUGUCCCGCUGCGGAGGAGGCUCCAGACCACAGCCGUCCUGCAGUGGGUCUUCUCCUUCAUAGGACUGGCUCAGUUCUGUCUGGCGGGGUUUGUGCUGUUGCUGCUCUCUGAUUGGUGGAUCUUGGCGGUUCUUUAUGCUGGUUGGCUGUGGCUGGACUGGGACACGCCCGUCAGUGGGGGGCGCCGUUGGGAGUGGCUGCGGCGAGGCUACGUGUGGGUCCUCUUCAGGGACUACUUCCCCCUCAAGUUGGUGAAAACUCUGGAUCUGGACCCGAAAAAGAACUACAUCUUUGGAUUUCACCCCCACGGCGUGCUCGUGGCCGGAGGGUUUGGGAACUUCUGCACCGAGGCGACGGGAUUCUCUGAGCUGUUCCCUGGACUCACUCCUCAUCUGCUCAUGCUGCCCUUCUGGUUCAGAGUCCCACUGUUCAGGGACUACAUCAUGUGUGGAGGCCUCGUGUCCAGCUGUAAGUCCAGUCUGUCGUACCUGCUGAGCCGCUCGGGGGGAGGGAACGUGGCGGUGAUCGCGGUGGGCGGAGCUUCAGAGGCUCUGGAGGCUCGACCCGGAGCUCUCACUCUGCAGGUGAAGAACAGAAAAGGAUUUAUUAAAAUGGCUCUGAAACACGGAGCUCACCUGGUUCCAGUUUUCUCGUUCGGUGAAAAUGAACUUUAUGACCAAAUGGAAAACCCCAGUGGCUCCACCUUGAGGCGAGUCCAGAACCGACUGCAAAGCAUCAUGGGAUUGGCCCUGCCGCUGUUCCACGCCAGAGGAGUGUUUCAGUACAGCUUCGGCCUGAUGCCCUACAGGAAACCCAUCCACACCAUCGUUGGAGGUCCCAUCGUGGUCAAGCCAAAACCGAGUCCCACAAACGAAGACAUCGAGUCUCUGCACGAGCUGUACCUCCAGAACCUCACGGACCUGUUUGAAACACACAAAACAGAGUACGGCUACAGCAAAGACCAGCACCUGCAGUUCAGCUAGACCCGGGUCAGAACCAGGACUGAGCGGGUCUAAAACGGGUCUACAACAGGACUUAAACGGGACUAAACAGGGCUAAAUGUCCUACAUUAUGAUGAAAACCAGGUCCAGUAUUAACAAAGACGAUGUUUACUUAUGUUACAGAAGUGUCAUGUGACCUGUAAUCUGACUCCUGAUUGGUCGCACAAUGAUGCAGAAAAGGGCCAGUCCAAGUCCAUUGUACAAGGACUAAACCAGUAUCAGGACUAAACCAGGAUCAGGACUAAACCAGGAUCAGGACUAAACCAGGAUCAGGACUAAGUAUAAAUAAGGAAUCAAGCAGGAAUAAAACAUUAGGAAAGGACUAAACCAGGACUAAACUAGGACUAAACCAGGACUGAACCAGGCCUGUCCAUCAUAGUCCUGAACCUGGUUUAGUCCUAAAUCUAAAUUAGGAACCAAAUAGGAAUAAAACUUGAAAUAAUAAUUUUAAUAAUGACCUAACCACAUUAGGAAAGGACUGAACCAGGACUGAACCAGGUUUAAAUCAGGUCUAGAGCAAAUUCAAACGAGGUUGGAUUGAACGAGGUAUAAACAACCUCCAAACCGGGACUAAACCAGGACUAAACCAGGACCUAAACCAGGACUAAACCAGGACUAAACCAGGACUAAACCAGGACUAAACCAGGACUAAACCAGGACUAAACCAGGACUAAACCAGGACUACACCAGGUCCGGAUCAGGGAUUUUCUACACCUUUGCCAAAGCUGUGCAUGUUUACUCAAAUGCUGCUGCUUCUGUAUUUCAUAAGACUUGUGUAAAAAUGAGGCUGGAGCGCAUGAAUAUGUCAGAUUAAAAUAAAACACAUAGGACGCUCCUCUGUGUUUGUGUUUGAAUCAAUAAAACACACGGAAAUGGAUC